UCUCAAGACUAUCGACAAGCAAACAUUUUAUGAUGUUAGAGCGUGCUAGCUUAACAUUUUUCAUGGUGUGCAUUUUGUGCAUAUCAUCUACAGCAUGUGCCCAAGAGUACAAGCCUCUAGAGGGUGACCCCAAAGCCAUGAGGCACAGAUAUCAAAGGUGGCAGGACAAAUAUGGCCGAAAAUAUAAGAGUGAAGAGGAAAAGGCAUACCGUUUUGGGAUAUACAAAUCCAACCUUGAGUUUGUUGAUUUCAUAAAUUCUCAAAAUCUUUCAUACAAACUCAGCGACAACAAGUUUGCAGAUAUCACAAACAUAGAAUUCACAACAAACUACAUGGGUUUCCAAACUAGGAGAGAUCUAAAGAUGAGGUUCAGCUAUGACAAGGAAGAAGAUUUGCCGACUACAGUGGAUUGGAGAAAGCGUGGUGCGGUAACUCCAAUCAAGGAGCAAGGCAAAUGUGGAAGUUGUUGGGCUUUCUCAGCCGUAGCAGCUGUUGAAGGAAUUAACAAAAUCAAAACUGGAAACUUGGUGUCACUAUCAGAGCAAGAACUUGUGGACUGCGAUGUCAACUCUGGGAACCAAGGCUGUAGUGGUGGAUUCAUGGAGAAAGCGUUUAGUUUCAUAAAAGAUAACGGACUCUCCACCGAAGAAGAUUAUCCCUACAAAGGAUUACAGGGUACCUGUGACGAGGAUAAAUUGAAAAGACGUGCUGUGAACAUAAGUGGCUAUGAAAGAAUACCUGUCAAUAACGAGAAAAGCCUACAAGCCGCAGUUGCUCGCCAACCUGUCUCUGUUGCAAUCGAUGCUGGCAGUUAUGGUUUUCAACUCUAUUCUUCAGGUAUCUUCACUGGUUAUUGUGGAAAGAAUCUCAACCAUGGAGUCACCGCAGUAGGGUAUGGAGAAGAUAGUGGUAAAAAGUACUGGAUUGUGAAGAAUUCCUGGGGUCUUGACUGGGGUGAAUCUGGUUAUGUAAGAAUAACACGCAACUCGGCUGAUAAGGAAGGUACUUGCGGCAUUGCCAUGCAGGCUAGCUACCCUGUUCAGGCUUGA